AUGUCUGACACGAUUCCACCGCGAUCGUACGUUGAGGGGAACGCCGCCAGCGAGGAAGAGGUUGCUGUUCUUCGCAACUCCCCGUACGAUGAGCACUCGUCCUUUCACGAGCCGUGGUUCACGGAGAUUGCGGCCGACCAAGUUCCUCCACUUGAAGAUACAUGCGGUCUAGAAUAUCUUUACUCGACUGGCUCUUUUCAAGAAGCCAAUCUCGUCGUGUCGGAUGCAAAUUCUAGUGUAGGCAUCGUCUCUGUGACUCAAAGCAUUAUGCCUUCAUGGUUAGAGGCUGGCAAUUCGGAUAGCAACAAUGUUUCAAUUCAGCUAGAGAAUCCCGAGCCCCUUCAAGAUAUUGGGCUUCACCUAGGAGAACCCCUUGGCGACACAUCUUUUUCGGCUUUUGAUUUAGGCACGACUGAAUUUACCUAUGGAGAUGGUGAGGCGGUUAUACCAUCCCUUCACACGGUUGACACCCAAGACUACUAUGAUACUUUUCCUCUUGAUACCAAGAUCGAGCUGGCAGAAUCGAAGGAUUUUUGGUUCGUACGUAACGGCGACAGCUUCACAUGUAGUAUAUGCGGGACAAAUAUUUCUAGACCGGAUAAUUUCGGACGCCAUUUGAAAAGCAAGAAGUGCAAAGCAGCAUGGGAGCAUUUGUAA